UAAAUAUCUUUCUAUAAAACAGGGAGGAGUUAUAAAACAUAAACUCUCAUCCCAGUAUUCAUUCAAUAGAAAUUACACUUUUUUAUUGUGCUCGGUCCAAAUUCGAGCCUCUGAUUUUCCUAACUGCAAGAUUUUUCUAGUUUGGACUGUUUUUUCCAUUAAAGGUCUGAUUUGCUUCCCAUUUUCAGCAAUCAGCAAGAAGAGGAGCUUUGAGGUUCUAUUGCCUUGUCAUGGAAAAUAACAAAAAAAACCACGUGUCAAUGGAAGAUUCCCCCGUAGUUCUUCCAUCACUUAUCAAAGCUAUCGCUUCGGAUAAGGUUGCUGUCUUUGAUAGCAUUAAGAAGCUUGAUGAUGUGAAUGAUGGAUUCAAAUCAAACGGCCAUCCUCCCAUCUCUUUAUCUGUAGUAAUUGAAGAAGCUGAUGUGAAAGGACAAAAUGAUUUUUCUGAGAUGCAGAGGAGGACGCGUUCUGUUUCUACCAGCUUGCCAUCUUCUCCAAUUGAAGCUCAUUUACAGGACACAAAAAAGGUUCUUUUCAGAGAUAACUUUGGAAAAAAUUUCUGCACUGAUAUUCCUAAUUCUGAGGACACAUUCCAUGAGGAAAGUGAUCAGGGAAGAAAGACACGAUUUUAUUCUCAGCCAAUGACAAAAGGUUCGCCAUUUAACGUGGCCCUUCCCAGUGGAAAGUCUCCCAAAAGGACAGAACUCUCACCAAGGAAUCAUGUGAUUGAUAGACUGAAGGAUAAUAGAUACGACUCUUUCAAGACAUGGUCUGGGAAACUUGAGAGACAGUUAUCAAAUUUGCGUGGUAUGCCUUGGGAAUCUGAGCUAGAUUCUGAGAUUCCAAAACCUGCAGAAGUCGAAACUCUACCUGUGGACCGAUACUUUGAUGCCUUGGAGGGACCAGAACUGGAUACCCUACGGGCAUCAGAAGAAAUACUUCUUCCUGAAGACAAGCAAUGGCCAUUCCUUCUACGUUUUCCCGUCUCUUCUUUUGGUAUCUGUCUUGGUGUUGGCAGCCAAGCCAUUAUGUGGAAAACCCUUGGUACUUCUUCCUCUACGGAGUUUCUCCAAGUCAGCCCCUACAUAAAUCUAGUUCUGUGGUGCAUAUCUCUUGCACUUAUGGCAAUUGUCUCUGUAAUUUACGGUUUGAAAGUGAUUUUCUACUUUGAAGCCGUUCGUCGUGAGUACUACCAUCCAAUUCGUGUUAACUUCUUCUUUGCUCCAUGGAUUGCCCUCUUGUUCUUGGCUCUUGGAGUUCCACCAUCCGUUUCUGAAAACCUUCCUCCAUCUCUGUGGUACGUUCUUAUGACCCCGAUUCUUUGCCUUGAGGUUAAGAUAUAUGGACAGUGGAUGUCUGGAGGACAACGGAGGCUUUCCAAGGUGGCAAACCCCUCGAAUCAUCUUUCUGUUGUUGGGAAUUUCGUCGGUGCAUUGCUUGGUGCAUCCAUGGGGCUAAAAGAAGGACCUAUUUUUUUCUUUGCUGUUGGAUUGGCUCAUUACAUUGUCUUAUUUGUAACUCUCUAUCAGAGACUUCCAACAAACGAGACACUUCCAAAGGAGCUCCACCCAGUAUUCUUUCUCUUCGUUGCUGCACCUAGUGUUGCCUCCAUGGCAUGGGCUAGGAUUCAUGGUUCCUUCAGUUAUGGCUCACAAAUUGCCUACUUCGUUGCUUUGUUCCUUUAUUUCUCACUGGCCGUUCGUGUUAAUUUCUUCCGAGGCUUCAGGUUUUCAUUGUCAUGGUGGGCUUAUACUUUCCCAAUGACUGGAGCUGCCAUUGCCACAAUCAGAUACUCAAACGAGGUAACGAAUCCAGUAACUAAAAGUUUAACCGUCGUCCUUUGUGCUGUCUCUGCACUUACAGUGUCAGCACUGCUCGUGACAACCAUAAUUCAAGCCUUUGUACUCGGAAACCUUUUCCCAAACGACAUGGCCAUAGCGAUAAGUGAGAGGAGGCCUAAAUCCCGAAAAUGGUACCACAGAAGAGCUGGCAGUUCAGUUACUACUAAGGACAUAGAUCAAUACCUCAAAUAUACAGAUUCAGAUGGCAAAGAUAUUGAGGCUUCUCUUACAACUGCAAGCUCCAACAACCAGGAGGUUUCUUCUUCUGUUUUGAAAGAUGUCAAAAACAAAUAUUCUCAAAUAAUGCCGCUGCCGUGAAAUCUUUAUGACAUAUUUAGUAAGUUGGAUUGGGUAAUACUAGUAAUAAAGAACAAAAAUAAGUAAAAUGUAAAAUAAAAUUUUGUAGUGCUAUUGAGUCAUGUCAACUACUGGAUACCAAACGUACCAUUAUGGGACUCUGUCAAUUUUGUGUCUUGAUCAAGGAAGGAAUUCUUGAUAUUUGUGAGUUCCAGUGAAGUUGAUUGCGCUUAAGAGGAAGAUUGGGUUUUACAUGUUUAGAUAUAUAAGGAUAAAGAUCCUCUCGUUCUUGCUCAA